GCGGCUCCCUUGUAAAGGAAAACGCUGAGUUCAUUUUCUGAGCGGUUGCUUUGCUUUGUAGUUUGACCAAAACUAGACUCUUGAGUUUUUUGGUGACCUGCAGAGGGGAACUACAAACCUUCUGUGACUGCUAACACGGGUAGGAAGUAGGCGGGUUCUUGAGGCAGAGGGGGAAGCCCUGCUGCUCUUCCAUUGGUUUUAACUGCUUCCACAUUAUGGUUUAAAUGUCUGGCGGUGAGGUUGCACAGUGCAAGUAGUUUCCUAAAAACCGACAACAUGGUGACGAAGAGGAUCCGCUCGGAGUACAUGAAGAAGUUCAAAGACCCCAAAUGGGAGACUUACACUAAAUGCUACGAGGAGAUGCUGAAGUACCGGCUGACCCGCAGGCUGCUGGAGCACACACACAACCCCUGGUUCUGGAGUGGCUCCGACACUGAUUCAGACUCCGGAGGACGAAGCCCGGCCACUCCUCCUCCACCUCCUCCACCCAGCAAGAACCAGGUAGGGGCCGAGGAGCUAGAGGAGUGUGAGGGGGCGAGGAAGGAGCAGCAGACCUCCACCACAGGCCCUGUACCCAGGCUCCCUGUCCAAGAAGAGGAGGAGAACAAGAACGGAUCUGCAGGCCAGGGCUCUCAGCAUGAUGGUGCCGAGGAGACAAGAGUGCUACAGGAGGAGAGGGAGGAGCAGAGAGCCAGCAGCCAAGGCAGCAAACCAUUAACAGCUCCUCACAGAGACAAAGUGAAAGACACUGGAGGACCCCAACCACAGCAGAGUAAACCCUCCAAAUCCACAAGACAGACUUGGCGCUCCCAGCGGGUCAGGCCUGCACCAUCACGGCAGCCCAGGGACGACAGUAAGGAGAGCAGACAUCCUUUUGCUCUGUACGGCUCAGGGGAGAAGGAUGCAGACAUGGCAAGCAGGAAGACGCACAAUGUUGGCCCUGCAGCUUCGACUAAAGAGAUCCACGAAUCGGCUUUGCGUGCUAAGACCAGGCGGGAGGUGGAGCGUCAGAUCCAGACCCAGCGAAGUGAGCGCCGGAGAGCUAAGUCUGCUGACCCGGACAAGGCCAGGAAGCUGGUUCAACCCGAGUACAACCCCUGGCUCACUGAGUACAUGCGCUGCUUCUCUGCUCGCUCCCGAUAGGACACAUACAGUAAAAACAACAGGAUAAUUCUAGACAAAUGUACAAAUAUAAAGCCGUCAUUGCCUCUCAAACACUUACAGAUGUAGAGUGCGGUGUGGAUUUAUACAAAGGCUCCUAAAUGUGUAUAAUAUUCUCCCAUUCAGGAUGCAAACUGACAAAAUCUUGAACAUUGAACUUCACUGUGUGGCUUAUAUUCUCUCAGAUGUGUACUGUCACAUUUUUAUAUACAUCAGUUUUAAUAAAUACAGUACAGUAAGAAACAUUUUAAAGAACAGAAGAUAUUCUUGAAAGAAACUAUAGUAAAUGAAUACAUCUAUAAUGUGCAAAUAUAUAAAGAAUCCAAAAUGAAUUUUACAGCCAUACUUUGAUGCAGACCCUUUAAACACAUGCUGUAUAUGACGUGUCCAUAUUUUUAUACGGAGAUAUCAAACCACAGUGGAGGCACAGUGUCUGACUAGAUGAAGUCCUGCCGUUAAAACACUGCAGAUGUAAAAUGAACAGUUAUGGAAACAAACACACAGUCACAUUAUUUGUAUUCUAACUUAUUGUGUAAAAUGGCUUCAGCGGCUAAGUUUUUCCUCAAAUUUUUGCCGCUUUCGAUGUUUCUAGGCAUUUUCUUUUCUUAGUACAGUGCAAAGUAUUUAUCAACACAGAAAUAUGCCUAAUAGUGUUACAGCUUUAGAUUUUUAGGUUACUUACUGCCGUGAAGUGGUUCUCAUUUGUGUAAUGCUUGAUGGAUUGAUCCUAUGGGAUUUGGUUUAGAUAGUUAAUCACUCUGUACUGACGGUCGAAAUCACACUUGUGUGUUGUGGCACUUGCAUUUCCUAAUGAGCUCAUGAACACUUUGACAUGUAGUUGAUGAUUUGUAGUCAAUAUAAUGGUUUUAUAUUCAACCGCCAGAUGCUAACUAUGUACUUUAAAGCCACUGGAUGAAUGUGAGCAGUGUGUUUCUGUGGAUACUGUAGUAUUUGUUUUAUACAUCUAGUGGUUGUGGGACAUUUCUCAUCAGAAAAAAGUGUAAUAUUAAAAACGACAUACAUGUAGUUUAGAUCACUUUCAAAGAAGAACAAUCAAAUGUUUGUCGAGGCCAAACUUCACACUGAAUCAGCUUUAGAGCCAAAAAGAGGACAUUAAAUGAUGCUGAAAUAACCUGUAGUCAGAAAUAACUAAGUAUGUUUUACCAAUUUACUGUUUAGUUAUGACCAAAUCAAAACUGCACUUUCAUAAAUUGUCACCUUUCUGAAAUAAUAUCUGUACAAAAUUAACUCAAAGCUAAUUUACGUAAUUUAUAUGUGAAUGUAGUGAACAUCAGAUAUUUGUACUCACGUAAGAAAAAUGUGACCUUUUGCAUUAGAGAUUGGAUCUCCUCAUUGCUAUAAAAAUCAGUUCUAGUAACCAUAACAUCAGCUAUGUGCCAUAAAGACAAGCAUUUUUUUUCCUUAGCAGCCAUUGUUAGAUUGUUAUUGUUGUGAAUAUUUUUCAGAAAAAGAAGAGAGGGCAGGAGGCUUGUGCUUUACAUUUAGACUUUUAAUGGCUUUUAAAAAAAGUGUUUUAUAGCAAAUUUAGGUUCAGUGUUGCAUUAAAUUUUCUUUUUGUAAAGUUUUUCAAUGUUUUAAGUUAUACUGCAAUAUAGCUUUGUGCAAUAUUCUAAUGUAAAUGACUGCAUUUGAGCCAGUGUGUUUUUAUAAUGUAGUAAACUUUGACAAUCUCAGAGAUCAGGAACCAAACAGGGUAGUUAUUACUUCACCUAAUUCUUUGUUAGUGUGUUAAUGAGACCAAACUUUAUAGUGGAGUUACUGUUUAUAAUGUAGAGACAUUUUACCUAUACUUUCCACAUGUUUUUGUAGAUGUACUUGGUCAUGUGCAACAGAAAUCCACCAAGACAAAAUAUUCAUUCGGUCCAGGAUGGUGUCAGAAUGUAGAAUGAACCAGAAUGUUUAAUCAGUAAGGAGGAACAAGUGGAGAUUUUGACCAAUGAAGCACCAGAAGUGCUGAAGCUUGACGGUAGUCUGUUUUAAAGAAAAAGGAAAUAAAGUACUAGAUUUCAUUCAUGAGUCUCCCUCAUUUCAAACAACUAAUAAAAUCUUAAAGACUUAAAGAAUGUAAACAACUUGAAUACUGUAAAACUGCCUAAAUUGUCACAUUUUCAUGUUUACAUAUGAGGCUUUUAAUAUAAUCCAUGUACAUAACUGAUGCUUUAGAAGAUUUGUUUGGCUUAAAUGAUAAAGCUUAUAAUAAAGCAUUUAAUAAAUCA